AUGUUGGGGGAGAUCCUUAGCGUUCAGCCAGGGGAGUUGAAAUUUCCAUUUGAGCUCCGGAAACAAGUCUCAACGUCUCUCCGACUGGUGAACGUCACUUCGGAAUAUGUCGCCUUCAAGGUUAAGACGACAUCUCCAAAGAAGUACUGCGUGCGGCCUAACACGGGUCUGGUCCCCCCUCAAAGUAGCGCCGAGGUUGUGGUGACGAUGCAAGCGCAGAAGGAGAUGCCGGCGGAUCUGCAAUGCAAGGACAAGUUCCUCGUCCAGAGCGUGCUCGUGCCGGGGGGAGCUCCCAAGGAAACCACGCAAGACUUCUUUAACAAGGAGAACGGCCGGGAGGUUCACGAGGUGAAAUUGCGGGUGAUCUACGUGGCGCCACCUCAGCCGCCGUCUCCGGUGGCUGAGUCAGCAGAGGAGGGUGUCAUUUCGCCCAGCCCCUUCCCCACCAGCACCAAGGGCCUCACCCCCGCUGAUCCUAGUGCAAAGGACGUGGUGGAGCUCAAGGCAAAGCUUACAGAGGCCAAGUCUGCUCUUGCUCAAGCCACGGACGAUCGCAACAAUGCAGUGCGGGAGGUGCAACGCCUCAAGAGCAACUUGUCUGGGCAGGGUCAGGGAAAGCAGGGUGGGGGAGGGUUCUCCUUUAUGACGCUGCUUGUAGUUGCACUCAUCUUCUUCCUCCUCGGAUUUCUUGGAGCCAAGGGCAUUCUGCCGCUGCCCGGCCUCUCCCCUGCUGGCUCAGCAGGCGAGCUAUGA